AUGUUCAGGACCGGCGUCUGGGUGGUGAUUCUCCUCGCCAUAUUUUCAGCAGCUGCUCCGACCCCGCACUUCAAUAGCUUUGCGUUGGAUGUCUUGUCUAGUCCAGAUAGUGCGGCUGCAGACACUCUUUCCGUGGCGCCUUCCCCUGCGAUCGCGACGGAUGCUCCAAACCCUGCAGCAAAUUCCACUUUUUCAUCUAGGCCUGACUCACACUCUUCGGUCGCUUUUGUGACAACUCCGUCCGGAAAUUCCGGUCCGGGCGAGUCGCUGUUCCCGUCUAGCAACUUCAAUGGAGAGUCGACAUCAGCAUCUCCUCCCGAGACACCUUCGUCGGUUCAGCCAUCUGACAGCUCAAGUUAUUCGUCCCAAAUUGAGGCGUCGAGUGCUAGUCCUUCCGCAAACCCAGGCGCGUUCUCAGCGGCGUUUUCGCCCAGCAUUCUUCCAGUCAGCUCCACAGCGGUAGUUUCGACACCAAGUUUGGCAGCGUCUUCAGUUCUCUCUUCAUCCGCAACGCCGUUUUCGUCCGCUGUUCCCACUGAUUCAUCAGUUGGUCCCAGCUCGGCGCCGUCAGACCCUUCAUCUGCUGCUUCUAGCUCGGUGGCGUCCUCCUUCUCAGCUCCGACGAGUUCACUUCCAGCAUCUCCUGUUGCAUCGUCAACUCCUGCACCGUCGAGCUCUGUCUCUGCGAUUUCCUCGUCGUCAGCUGUAUCUUCGUUUUCCUCACCCUCAGCGUCAAGCUCAGUGACAUCAUCUCCCAUUGCUUCUGUUUCAGUUUCGUCAUCGUUGCGGUCGUCAUCGGCUGGUCCUACUCCAGUUUCUCCUUUCUCUUCGAACCUGCCGUCCAGUACGCAGCCUAUUGUUUCCUCACAGUCUACCGUGUCGUCCGUCGGCUCGCUCUCACAAAGCACUUCACUUCCUCCAUCGUCCGUAGUCCCUUCUUCUACUCCUUCUGGCUCGUCCUCUGGGGCAUCCAGCUCCACUCCCAGUGUCAGUUCAUCUAGCGGCUCAUCCGCACCCGUAUCUUCUCCUACGUCAUCACCCUCCUUGUCCGGUCCGACAUCCGUUUCGGUAUCGUCCUCUCCACCUUCAUCUCCUUCCCCCUCGACGACGGCGAGUCCGUCGCUACCUGUCUCUAGUGCCUCAGCUAGCUCCUCAGUGACUACUACUCCUGGAUCUUCCGUGCCCAGCUCUUCCACUCCUGCGUCAUCGGAACCUGCCUCUUCCUCUCCUGCAUCGUCCGCACCGGUCUCUUCCACUCCUGCCUCGUCGGCGCCUAUCUCUUCUAGUCCUGUGUCAUCUGUGUCGGCACCAUCUUCAUCGUCUGCAUCCUCCUCAUCUGUUCCCUCGCCUUCACCGACAACUGGACCUGCUGAGAUUUCAGCAUAUCUAAGUCUUCACAAUUCAUACCGUGCAGAAUAUGGCGCCGCGCCAUUGACAUGGUCCACUGAUCUCCAAGCUUCUGCGGAGAGCUGGGCGCAGGGCUGCCAGUUCAGGCAUUCGGACGGUGCGUUAGGUCCCGUGGGCGAGAACUUGGCCGCUGGCACUGGAUCAUUCAGCCCUUUGGCCGCGGUCAAUUUGUUCAUAAGCGAUGCUUCGCAAUAUGACCCGCUUAAUCCUACUUUCUCACACUUCACCCAGGUGGUGUGGAAGUCGACGACACAAUUAGGAUGCGCUGUUGCAUCGUGCGACAGCAUUUUCGAUCCGAGCUUCGGCCAGGCGACAUACCAUGUUUGCUUGUACAAUCCUGUCGGGAAUGUUGUCGGAGAGGAACUUCUCAACGUCCAAGCUUGA